GAUCUCGUGUGGUCCUGUGGCCGACUGCGUGCGUGCGGUCUGAUCUGUCAUUCACUCUCUGUUGACAAUUACAAAUUAAUCUGCAAUACUCUGUAAUUUGAAGAAACCGAGAGGCGCAUAAUGUCAUUGAAAAGUUUAUAUUUUGUGCAUCGAUGUUUGUCAAGAACAUUAUGUUUUAAAAAUAUGUAGUGUUAUUAAAAUUUGAACACGAAUUUCAAUCGUCUGCCUGAGGAGAAAUUUGCUCCAAUGGUAUACAAAGCGAAAUGGGAGGACAUAAAUAAAAAUGAAAAAUUGGUUGAUAAGGCUUUGCCAUGAAAUGUUCGUCCCGUUACAGAAUGAAGUAAUUAAAUCCUCAAUCCGUCGAACAGGUCACUGAUCUCUAAUAAAGGGAUGGCUGCAGGGCACCAAGCAGUGGAAUUUGAUCACUCAUGGCCAGAAUCAGCUGAAGGACUGACGUUAGAUUUCGGACCUUUUGAAACAGUUCAUCGAUGGGCACGAAUGCCAGAAUGUGAUGAAUUUGUUGGCGCAAGGCGUAGUAAACACACUGUUGUAGCAUACUUAGAUGCUAUUUAUGUAUUUGGAGGAGAUAAUAGUAAGAGCAUGCUUAAUGAUUUGUUACGUUUCGACGUGAAGGAAAAAUCAUGGGGUCGAGCUUUUUCAACAGGCUCCCCACCUGCACCUCGAUAUCACCAUUCAGCAGUAGUUCAUGAGAGUUCCAUGUUUGUUUUUGGAGGAUAUACUGGAGACAUUCACUCUAAUUCUAAUCUUACAAAUAAAAAUGAUCUUUUUGAGUAUCGCUUUGGAAGUGGCCAGUGGAUUGAAUGGAAGUUUUUUGGCAGGACACCAGUACCUCGAUCUGCUCAUGGUGCUGCAGUAUAUGAUGGGAAACUGUGGAUCUUUGCUGGUUAUGAUGGCAAUGCUCGUCUUAAUGAUAUGUGGACCAUCUCUCUUACUAGACCUUCCCAUGUGCAGGGGGACAGCAAGGCAUGGGAAGAGGUCCACCAGUUGGGCGACUGCCCUCCCACAUGCUGCAAUUUCCCUGUGGCUGUGGCUCGUGAAUGCAUGUUUGUCUUCAGUGGCCAGAGUGGUGCCAAAAUAACCAACAACCUUUUCCAGUUUCACUUCAAAGAUAGAUGUUGGACACGCAUCUCAACAGAACACAUUCUGCGUGGUGCCCCACCUCCACCUGCCCGCCGCUACGGUCACACAAUGGUGGCAUUUGACCGACAUCUGUAUGUAUUUGGCGGCGUGGCGGACUCAACUCUUCCAAACGAUCUGCACUGUUUCGACCUUGAUCAACAGACGUGGAGUGUCAUUCCCCCUGCUGCUGACUCAAAUGUUCCAUCGGGUCGACUUUUCCACGCGGCAGCUGUUGUCGGUGAUGCAAUGUUCGUCUUUGGUGGAACUGUUGACAAUAAUUUGCGGUCUGGAGAGAUGUAUCGCUUUCAGUUUUCGUGUUACCCAAAAUGCACUCUUCAUGAAGACUUGGGACGUAUCUUAGAUAGAAGGCUCUUCUGUGAUGUACAGUUUGUUGUAGGCCUGGAAGAGGCUAGAAUAUCAGCUCAUGUUGCCAUAGUUGCUGCAAGGUCUCAAUGGCUCAGAACACGUAUUAAACAAGCUUUGGAUGCUAGAGAUAGACAUCUUGAAAAGGUUUUUGGAACAACAAAAGUGGCAUUUAAAGAGGUGCCUCUUCCAGAAGUACGUUUAGGUGAUGCUGUGCCUGAAGCAUUUGAGAUGGUUCUCAAUUACAUUUACACAGAUCGAAUAGAUCCUACCAAAAGAAUUGAAGACCCAACUAGCAAUCGUAUCGUCCUUCUUAUGAUGGAUGUUUAUAGACUUGCAGUUCAGUUUGAUAUGCGUAGAUUAGAACUUCUGUGUGUUCAGUACUUAGAAGCAACAAUAUGUUGCCGCAAUGUCUUAGAAGCUCUUACAAAUGCUGCACGACUCAAAUUAUAUUUUAUCAAGGAGUUAUGUCUUAAAUUUGUUGUGAAAGAUACUAAUUACACGACAAUUGUAAUGAGCCGUGAGUUUGAAACCUUAGCCCAGCCACUGAUGGUGGAAAUCAUUCGCCUAAGACAAGUUCCAAGGGCUCGUCCUUUACCUGAGCCUCAUUUUGAUGGAAACGUUGGUACGACAUUGGAGCAAGACAUGGAGUCAUUUCUGAAAGCAUCUGAGUUAUGUGAUCUCACAUUAAUGUUAGAUGGACAGUCAAUUCCAGCUCAUAAAGCCAUUUUAGCUGCUCGUUGUUCUUAUUUUGAAGCUUUAUUCCGUUCUUUCAUGCCCGAAGAUAAAGUUGUUCAGAUUCAGAUAGGAGAUGUUGUUCCUUCUCGACAAAGUUUUGAUUCUUUAUUACGGUACAUAUACCAUGCUGAUGUGGCUAUGCCUCCUGAAGAUUCUUUGUACUUGUUUUCUGCCCCAUAUUUCUAUGGAUUUACAAACAAUCGCUUGCAAGCUUUCUGCAAACAGAAUUUGGAGAUGAAUAUCACUUUUGAAAAUGUGAUUCAGAUUUUAGAAGCUGCUGAUCGCAUGCAAGCCCAAGAUAUGAAAAAAUAUGCACUUUCCCUCAUUGUGCAUCAUUUCUCAAAGGUAGCGAGGCUUCCCCGAACCCGAGCUCUAUCUCGAGAGUUGUUGCUCGAUAUUAUUGAUGCCCUUGCUGAUGACCUUAGUGAACAAAGGCUUACUCAGGAUAUGACUUGUGUCUCAUUGAGUUCUGACUGUUGAUAAUUUCUCAGUAUUCUCUUAGACUUGCACAUGAAGAAAAAAAGUUGAUUAUAAUGUAAUUAUAUUGUAUGUUUUGAUGUUUAAUACUUAUUUGUUGGCUUAUUGCACAUAUGAUGUAAAAAUUGAUUUUGUAAAUAUAUAAUUUUUUAUGUGACGUUGGCUUGUGAUUUUAAUUUUUUCUUUUCUGAGGUGCUACAGUCCAUUUAGGUGUGUUAUGUGCAGAUUUGCAAUACUGGUAGUGCCUUUCAAGAUUGUAAGGAUGAAAUAAAGCAAUCCAUUGCCCUGCCCUGUAGAGGAUGGAGAAGGAAGAAUUAUUUGUGACCUACUCUCUGUUAUUGGACUCCAGUGUCAAUUAAUUAGCUGAAGCGACUAGUCAGUAAUUCUUAUCCAGGCAGAAGCAUUACCUAACCUAGUUUCUUAGCUGAUGUCGAAACUCACUCACUGUUGAUUUUUAAUAUAAAAUGGUCUCCUCCUGGUCUUAUGAAACUCUGUUUGCAGAUGCGCAUUUAUAAAUGCUAAUAUACCCAGUAUUUAAAAUUAUACAUAAGAUUGUGAGUUGGGUCAACACAACCUAGAUAUAGGUGGUGUUGUUUGCGUAGAGAAAUAUUUUGUAGUUAGUGCUCAUAAAUAUAUAUGGAUUGCACAAUGCAAAUCGAGGCAAACUAAUUAAAUUUUAAAUUUUUAUUUAUU